AGCGUCCCUGCUCUCUCCUACAGCUUUGCCCUGGCUAUGGCGACUCCUGGCCCUGUGACUCCGGAGGCACCCUUUGAACCAACGCGGCCCCCAGUCAUUGAGGGCUUUAGCCCCAGUGUCUACAGCACUCCGGAAAGCUUCAAGGAAAAGUUCCUUCGCAAGACCCGCGAGAACCCAAUGGUCCCCAUAGGCUGCCUGGGCACGGCGGCCGCCCUCACCUACGGCCUCUACUGCUUCCACCGGGGUCAGAGCCAGCGUUCCCAGCUCAUGAUGCGCACCCGGAUCGCCGCCCAGGGCUUCACGAUCGCAGCCAUCUUGCUGGGUCUGGCUGCAUCUGCUAUGAAGUCUCGACCCUGAGCCCGCGGCCUGGCCCUGAAAGCUCCGCGGAGUUAUUUCCAGCCUCGGGAGCAACCACCGGUCCUGCCACAAAACUUAUUCCCUCAUACCCCUUGACAAGCCCCUGAGUCAGUGGGGGAGGAGGUGGCCAAUCGUGUAACCGAUAGACUUUUUCAGGACCCUCAGGUUUGGUUCACUUCCAGCGUUGUGAAGUGAACAUAGAAACUUCUGUUUGUGCCGCACUUUCUCCACUCCUUACUUAAUAAAUUCUGAUACACUUGU